AUGUGUAGGUUUUUUUUAAAAAAUUGAAAAAAAAAUUUGAAUUUUUUUCAGCACACGCUCGUUUUAAAAACGUGCUCCAAUUCGAAUUGACCGCCCAAAAUGUCAAAUUCAAAAAAAAAUGUCCAAAUCAAAUCAAUCCCAAUUUUGUAACUCGCCAAAAAAUGCCGGAAAAAGUUAGAACUCCUCGUACGGUUUUGAAUGAACAAGAUUUGCCGGUGGUUGAUGGAUGGAAUGCGGCUUAUGUGAGUGACACACCGUGACUUUUUUUCGCGCCGAAAUUUGAUGAAAAAUGAUGGUUUUUGGGGCGAAAACGAGCGAAAAUGCGGUUUUCGUGGUGGGACCCGAGAAAAAUCCGAUGGGUCUCGCAGCGAAAUCCCCAAAUUCUUCAGAAGUAGUGCAUGUUUAUACUCAAAAUGCUCCAAAUUUCACAGGGAGCAAGAGGAGAGCCUUGAAAAUUCAAAAUUUUCGCUGCGAGACCCAAAAACCUGGGUCUCGCAGCGAAAAAACUGAAAAUUAUCAGAAAAUAGGCAUGUUUAUACUCAAAAUGCUCCGAAUUUCACAGGGAGCAAGAUGGGAGCCUUGAAAAUUUGAAAUUUUCGCGUCGGGACCCAAAAAAUCAGGUUUUUUCGCUGCAAGACCGAAAAAACCAGGUUUUUUCUCUGUGAGACCGAAAAAAUCAGGUUUUUUCGUUGCGAGACCGAAAAUAUCUGGUUUUUUCGCUGCAAGACCGAAAAAAUCAGUUUUUUUCGCUGCGAGACCGAAAAUAUCUGGUUUUUUCGCUGCAAGACCGAAAAAAUCAGUUUUUUUCGCUGCGAGACCCAAAAACCGGGGUCUCGCCACGAAAACCCUGAAAAUUAUCAGAAAAUAGGCAUGUUUAUACUCAAAAUGCUCCAAAUUUCACAGGGAGCAAGCUGGGAGCCUUGAAAAUUUGAGUUUUUCGCUGCGAGACCCAAAAACCUGGGUCUCGCAACGAAAACCUUCAAAAUUAUCAGAAAAUAGGCAUGUUUAUACUCAAAAUGCUCCAAAUUUGCAGUCGGACCUGCUCAAAUACCUCUCCGCCUCACACGGUGAACUCAUCGACCACAUUGUGCUCAAAAUCGAAGAGCUCGGCGUCAAACGCGAUCAUUUGACCUACAUUGCGUUCGGUUUGACGGGAUUCUAUUUGAUUUUCGGCUCGGCGGCCAGAUUGUUGUGUAAUUUUAUUGGAUUCGGCUAUCCGAUGUAUGCAUCGGUUAAGGUGAGCGUUUUGCGGGAUUUUUGGCUGAAAAUUUGAGAUUUUCAGAGAAUUUUAAGCCAGAAACGUGGUUUUUAGGCUGAAAAUCUGAAAAUUUCCGGAUUUUUUAACCCAAAAAUCGAAUUUUUGAUGAAUUUUAAGCUAGAAACGUGGUUUUUUGGCUGAAAAUCAUGUUUUUUGACUGAAAAUCUGAAAAAAUCCUGAUUUUUUAACCCAAAAAUCACUUUUUCCGUGCAAUUUUCCUAGUCUUAUUAGGAAAUGACGAAUAAAAUAAUUGAAUUUCACAAAUUCUCGCUGAAAUUCAAUUUUCAGCGCAAAAAUCUGAAAUUUUUCGAAAUUUCUAGGGGAAACACGGGAUUUUACGCGAAAUUGCGGACUUUUUCAGAUACAGUACCUUUCUAGAUCAAUUUUUGAUGAAAAAUUUGAAUUUUUGAAUUUCCCGGGGUCAAUUUUCCACGCGGGACCCGAUUUUCCCGCCAAAUUUUGAUCUACCAUGAGAAAAUGUGGUUUUUUGGCUUUUGGAAAGGUUUCUGGACCAAUUUUUGCUGAAAAAUUUUAAUUUUUGAAGUUUCCCGGGUUAAUUUUCCACGCGGGACCCGAUUUUCCCGCCAAAAUUUGAUCUACCGUGAGAAAAUGGGGAUUUUUCACAUUAAGAAGCUUUCUAGAUCAAUUUUUGAUGAAAAAUUUGAAUUUUUGAAUUUCCCGGGGUCAAUUUUCCAUGUGGGACCCGAUUUUCCCGCCAAAAUUUGAUCUACCAUGACAAAAUUGGGGUUUUUCACAUUAAGAAGCUUUCUAGACCAAUUUUUGAUGAAAAAUUUGAAUUUUUGAAUUUCCCGGGGUCAAUUUUCCAUGCGGGACCCAAAAAUUCCACAAUUUUCCCGCCAAAACGGCUCUAGGCCAAUUUUCAAUGAAAAAUCGUGUAAAAAUCUUCAUGAAAAUUACUAAAAAUUUGAAAAUUUGUCAAAAAUAUGAUUUUUAACAUGAAAAUCACUUAAAAAAUUCAAAAAAUUGUCAAAAAUGAGGAUUUUCGGCUUCCGGAAACUUUUCUAGACCAAUUUUCAAUGAAAAAUUUGAAUUUUUGAACUUCCCGGGACAAUUUUCCACGCGGGACCCAAAUUUUCGCAUGAAAAUUGCUAAAAAUUUGAUCUAAUUGCAUUUUUGCAGGCGAUUCGCAGUCAUCAAACCGACGACGAUACAAUUUGGCUAAUCUAUUGGACGUGUUUUGCUGUUUUGUCACUUUUUGACUUUUUCUCCGAAGGAAUCCUCUCAUUUUUCCCAUUUUACUACAUUUUCAAGGCGAUUUUCUUGAUCUACUUGUAUUUGCCACAAACUCAUGGAUCCAUUGUUUUCUAUCACAAAGUUGUGAAUCCGUUGGUCAAUUCGAUCGAUAUUUUAUUGGGAUCGGGUGGAAAUUCGGGAAAUUCUGGAAAUCCGGCUGAAAAUACACAAGCUCCACUUACAGCUCCAACAAAUUAG